UUCAAAUUUUCUUGGGUUAAACCGAGUGAAAUUUGCGAUAAACUGUUUUUGAACAACAAAUUCAUCUUAUCGCAAUUACUCAACGAAACUUCCUGCAAUUUUGAUCAAUUAAAAUAUACAGAGCAUUUGAAAUGCGAUAUAAAUAGGCGGAAGCAACUGAUGGGUGAGCUAAUUGGUUAUAAUAGGUUACUUUUAAUAAGUUCAAUUCAAUUUAAUUCAAUAGGAAAACUCCAACUGGAGUUUGGAUUCGACGAUUUCUCAAUAGUCAAUCCUAUUGGGGUAAAAAAUGUGAACCAUACUUAUAUGGCUUUAUACCUCACAACCCCAACGAUCCCUUUAAAAUAUCGGUCGAAAAGAAGCGACAUAUUCGUUUUAAUGUUGAUUAAUAGGGCGGAAAUGAAAAGAUCGGGUUAUGAGUUGAAAGAUGUCCUUAAACCUUUGAUCGACGAUCUCAAAUUCAUUAUGGAAGAAGGUAUUGAGAAAAAAAUUACGGAUAUCAAUGGUCAAACAAUAACGAAGAAAUUCAAAAUUGCCGUAUCUGCCGUUUGCGGUGAUAAUAAAGGAAUUUAUGAAUUAUUAGGAUAUCAUACGUCAUUUACCAGUAGAUCAUUCAUUUGUCGAUUAUGUGGCGCAAAAGCCAAAGACAGUGAACUAAAACGAAUCGGAAAUCUAAUUGAUUUCGCAAAAAUUGACUAUCAAAAGGCCCAAUUCAAGAAAAAAUUUGCAAAAAAUUUGACAACACUUUUGAAAAAUUGCAAUAUUCUGAACACCUAAAAUGCAAUAUUCAAACUC